AUGUAUUUUAAUACACAUGGAAUUACUGAUGAAGAUGGUGAAGCAAUUAAGUUAAAUGAGAAAUCAUAUAUUAGAGAUACACAAAUUACACACUUAUUAUUUAAUAAUAAUGUAAGACAUGUAACAGUGUUUUUUGAAUGUUGUCAUUCAGGAGGAUUAUUUCAACCUGAUGAAUCAUGUAUUUUUCAUACAGAUAGAAUAAUUAAAAAUCCAACACUUGAUUAUCAUUAUAAUGAAGAUAAUAGUUAUAGUAUGUGGAAAUCAAAUAUUACAGUCUUUAGUACAUCACUUAAAGAACAAAGAAGUUAUCAAUUGAAUGAAGAAAAUAAAGGAUAUGGAUGGGCAACACAAAAAAUAAGUGAAUUAGAAAAGAGUCCAUUUGAUUAUACUCCUAUUUAUGUAGUUAAUUGGUUAAAUAAACAAAUAGGUAAGGAACAAUAUGCAAUUGUUCAAUCAUCAACAUUAAUUCCAACAUGGUUUUAA